CUAUACAGGAAUCAUAUAUACCUACCUGCCUUUGGUACCCCUUUAAUUUUUCAUCCUUGCUUUCGAUCCCAUAAUACUUUUGUACCUUCUUUCUUUCGCCGCCUUGAGAGAGCAGGUAUCCUUGACGGCAGUAUAAUAUGGCCCAUAUCGCCAACUGCUUGUUCGACUCUUCAACGGGGUUGGGACUCAAUAAUUAUAUAGCGAGAGAACUCUCCCCCCAUCCCCCAUAUGAAUCUAAACCAAAGACUCCACCUCCAGAGACCCCAGCAACAGAAGAGAGGGAGAAGUUCGUCUGGAGGAUGCAUCAACCCAGCGAGACCCGCAAAUAUUUGACAUUCUCAAAAGAGAAGCUUUCAAUAAUGGCAGGACGCAAGAGCCCGGACUCAGAGAGCACCUUAUCGUUAGGGCAAGGCGGAAGCAGCGAGAAGGACCGAUCCAUGCGCGUCGCUGGGCUCCGGUUAAAAUCCAAGGACCAGCCCACCAUUCGAACUGGACGACGCAAAAUAAGCGUACCCGAAUUGGGGCCUAUGACAACGGUGCAAGAAAUAGCCAUGGAUUCUCCAACAAUACCUGGCCGGCCACCGGUACAUGAAAGAUCAAUCAGUGCCCCAGGUAAUAGCUGGCGGCAAAAUCCUUUUGGAGAGAACAUGGUGAGAUGCAUAACUGGGCCUUCAUUGGAAGAGCAUUCUGAGAAGAUACCUCUAUCCAAUACUUUAUCAAAUACCAAGAUCCAGACGGGCGACAAUACCAGAUCAAGGCCACUUGGCUCAGUACCAGCACCAACGAGACGGCCAGGAUCACCAAGGUCUCUUAUGCCGCUCAUCAUUCCCUCGUCGUCGGCCCCAAAGCCCCGACUUGCCCAACAAGGAUCAAGGAACGAGAUUGAGUUGGAUGACGAGACUCCAGGCCCGGAUGUCCCACCCAAAAGUGCGAGGUUGCUAUUGGAGCUGAAAGGGUCCCCGUCGACUGCGCCUGUCUCCACACCUCAAACAUCUUUAACAAGUGCGCCCAUAACAAGUACUCCUCUUUCAUCUGUACCACAGCCCACACCCUUCUCCGCACCGGUAAACCGCAGCUCCCCCCAACCAUGGAGUGCUUCACCCGUGACCCAUACUCGCUGCAAUUCGGAAACCAGUUCCCGCACCGAACAGCACCCUUGUCACCGACGAGGGGAAUCCGAAGGUGGAAGUAUCAUGGAUCGAGGGCGACCAAAGAAGCGAUUAAUAUCAAGUCCCCUGAGAACAGAAGAACGAGAAGCUUGUGAGGCCCUUCCACAGGGAACUAAGCCCUCAGAUGUGAUGAGCUUACUGCCAGCAAUUGAAAUUGAUUUGCUUAGAAGGCAGGCCGUUGGGCAAGCGUCCCAGUUCGAGGUUCUCAACUCCAAAGACGUCGACGCACUGUCUCGCGAACUCCGCAGUCUCGACGAGCGCUGCGAAUACCUACGUAAAACCCACCGAAAUCUUCGGUCCGGACGCCGCAACCUGCACCAGCGGAUCUGCUCAUCACUGCGCUCGCCGCGCACCGCCCGCUUCUCGAAUGAAUCCAUCCUAAAGCAAGAAGAAGCACUAGCUGAGCUCGACGCCUCAAUCGAUAGCUGGGUGUCUAAGCUAGAGCAGGCGGAGAAUCGACGGAUCCGAGUGCGCCAGAAGCUGCUGGAACAUGUGGCAGCGGCGCUGAUCGUGCAGGCACCGGCAGCGCAGGAGAAGAUGAGCGCGGCGAUGCAGAGCAUCCAGAUGGGGAUGCGCGGCCAGGAUACGCCGCCGCACAGCCCGACCAAGAGCCAGAGCCCGACACGGCUCCCGACACCACCCGAGGAGGUCAGCCCGCAGUCGCCGGUGCCGGUUGCGCGCGGCGACGUCGAGUCGAUCCGCAUCUAUGCGGACCCGGGGGUGUACGCACUGCUGGCAGACAUUGAGGACGAGAUCAAGGAUCUUCAGAAGGGCAAGGAACGGAAGCUGAGCUUCGAGACGGAGAACGCUAUCGAGGCAGGCAUCACGCUCAACCCGGUAGCGUUCGAAGGAUUGGUGGGAAACCAUGCCAGGUCGCAAACUUGCUGAUCAGGUCUAUGGACAUCAUCAUGAUCUUUUUCUUCCUUGUGUGGAUAUGAUGUAUGAAGGAUGAGUGAGAUGUUGAUGCUGCAACGGCCAUCCGGUUUCCUUACCUAGGCGCACCGCAUCAGUUUGGUUCGUGUGAUACAUUUGUUGUGUUCAUAAUACUAACACCUACCGACCUACCGGCGUCCUUCACUCGUUCAAGACCGGUGUGGAUGGCAAGACGUUCCUUCAAAAAAUGAUACCCUGUUUUCAGAGUCGUUCGUUGCAUAGAGCACGACUACCUUAGAUUGUUCCUUUGUUGGUUGGGAAAUGGGGCGGCUUUGUUAUGUAUGUACCUAUCUUAGAAUAACCAUGAAUCAUCUUCACCAG